AGACGAAGAUCGAAACACGUACGGCGCUAAGCUCCGCCCUCCUCCCAAAAACUAUCCGACAAAGACAGAAGCCGAAACGAAACCUAACCCUAAUUUCUUUUCUCAAAUCCCUAAAGAGAAGAACGAAUCCUCUCUUUCUUCCUCGUCUCUACCCCUUUCAUGUCUUCUCAACUCCACGACUCUCAUCCAGGGUUGUUGGUGCCUCAAACCCUAGAUUUUGAUUUCUCUUUUGAAUUUUCUCAUACUUCUUUCGUUUCGGAUCUCUCUCUGAAUCAGAUUGCGUCUUUUGGGCUCUUGUUGUUGUGCUGCUCUUCGAUUUCUUCUCCGCUGCGUUGUAUGUGCCAAAUAUGAGUGAAAAGAAGGUAUUUGUGUUUGGAUCCUUUACAGAACAUGAAACCCGGUCAUUCCUUGAGCAGAAACCCGUUAAGAAUCCUCAGAAUCAUAAAGACAAGUCUGUGGGAAGUAUACAAUUCGGCUCCUUGAAUCUUGUUGCCGAAAAUUCUUCAGCAAAUACUAAUGGCGAGUUGAAGAAAGGUCAAGCUGUUGGGACUGUUAAAUCUCGUCCAACCAGCUCUCAAAAGAGACUAGAUGCUUCCAUACCUGUCAGCUCUGAUAAGAUUGAUGAUAAUGAUGCAACGCUCCCAAGAAAAUACUCCCCAAGAGUUCCAGAGCAUGUUGGAGAAAAUGGAAUCAUGAAAGAGGUCUCUGAAAGAAAAUCUCUCAACAAUGGUGUGGUGGUGAAAACAGAUCCCAUUGGUGUGGAUAAGUUGUGCAUGUCAGAUGGUGAAACUGAUUCUUUGUAUAAAGCUUCAAGCUCAAAAUUCCAAGCUCUGGAUAGUGAAAAUUUCUCAAGUGAUUCUUCAUCUGGCAGCAUACCAAGUAAGAAACACCAGAUGGUUCCUACUGAAUCUGUUCCACCUGUCAAAGACUUUACACCUAGAGGGUUAAUAAAUGCUGGGAAUCUGUGCUUCCUCAAUGCAACAUUGCAAGCAUUGCUUUCAUGUUCUCCUUUUGUGCAGCUCCUCCAAGGAAUACAACUCCAAAAUGUUCCAAAGGCGGAGUCUCCCACCUUAGCUGCAUUUUCCGAGUUCAUCUCUGAAUUAGAUGUGCCAAGCAGUUCCAGCAUCAGAAAUAAUGUUACCGUUGUUGAGGCUGGUAGAUCUUUUACUCCUGCCAUGUUCGAGGGAGUCCUUAGAAAGUUUACCCCAGAUGUACUCAACAACAUGUCUGGCAGGCCAAGGCAAGAAGAUGCUCAGGAGUUUUUGAGUUUUAUAAUGGACCAAAUGCAUGAUGAAUUGUUGAAACUCAGGGAACAGUCCCCCAAAAUUACUGCUCUUAAGUCAUCGGUUGUUUCUUUACCCAAUGAAGACGAUGAAUGGGAAACAGUUGGACCCAAAAACAAAUCAGCUGUGACAAGAACACAAAGCUUUGUUCCAUCUGAGCUCAGUGAUAUAUUUGGCGGACAGCUAAAAAGCGUAGUGAAGGCUCAAGGGAGCAAAGCUUCUGCUACUGUGCAGCCAUAUCUCUUACUUCACCUUGAUAUUCACCCGGAAGGCGUGCUUAGAAUAGAAGAUGCAUUGCUGUUGUUUUCUGCCCAAGAAGAUCUUGAAGGAUAUAAAGCCUCGGUUACUGGGAAGGCUGGUGUAGUGAGUGCUAGUAAGUCGAUCAAGAUACAGAAACUCUCAAAGAUAAUGAUACUACACCUAAUGCGUUUUAGCUACGGAAGCCAAGGGAGUACUAAGCUACAUAAACGCGUUAAGUUUCCCCUCGAACUCAACUUAAGCCGCAGCCUUCUAGUUUCUCCAUCCAAUGAGAGUUUAAAAUAUGAACUUGUGGCAACCAUUACCCACCAUGGAGGGGAUCCUUCAAAAGGGCACUACACCACAGAUGCUAGACGAAAGAACGGUCAGUGGCUAAGGUUUGACGAUGCCUCGGUGACCCCCAUAGGGACGAAACAGGUGUUGCACGACCAAGCUUAUGUCCUCUUCUACAAGCAAGUGUAAGAGAAUCAGAGACAGCAAAUUUCUAUGGUCGGAGAAAGGGGAGAAAAUUUACUCUCGGCUUAGUCUCAGGUCUAUUAAGUUUCAGUCACGAUGCUAUAUACUCUGGUUGUCAUAUUAGAACUCUGAAAGAAGGAAUAUCGAUAGGUAAAUAGUUUUAGAGUACCUUGGUUUACACUGAAAGUUUUGUUAUGAUUCCUUGAGAUGGGUGUUUUUUUAAAUCUGAUUUUAUUGUUACUUCAUAGACUUAUUAUUCGAAAA